CCUGCCUGCGGCUGCCUCCGCCUGCGGGGCUCGGGCAGCGCCUGCCCGGGGCUCCUCGGCCGGGGCCGGGCCGGGCCCCUCGCAGACAGACCCUGCCUCGCUCAGAGGACACGCAGCGCUCCCUCCCAGUUGCCCCCACAGCCCUUGCUGCUGUUCCUGGCUUCCCCUGGGUCUCUGCCGCCUUGCCCCUUGGGCCCCAGGCGCCUUCUCAGCAGCGGGUGGAGUGCACACUGACAAUUAAUACCAGUCCAUCCAACAAAACAUGAAGACUAAAACCAAAGGAAAGAAACAAAGGCAAACUGUUGACAAAGAAGCGUUCUCUGAAGAGCCAGCAAUGAGAAAAAAGGAACUGGUGAAAUGUUUGAGACGCAGAGAAAGGAGGAAUGGGGGAAACAAGGAGAGCAGCAAGAUGCCCGCAGGCAGAGCCAAGCGUGCCUGGAGCAGUAAGGACAGGCUGCUGAGGAGGCUGGAGAGCAACGAGCGCGAGAGGCAGAGAAUGCACAAGCUCAACAACGCCUUCCAGGCCUUGCGGGAGGUGAUCCCUCACGUGAGAGCUGAGAACAAGCUUUCCAAAAUAGAGACUCUCACACUGGCCAAAAACUACAUCAAAUCCUUGACCUCCAUUAUACUCAAUAUGUCCAACGGACACUUUCCAGCAGUAGAAGGGAUGGGGGGAGCCUGGGGAUCCAAACUGUACCAGCAUUAUCAACAGCAGCAUGGGGAGGAUGACCAUGAGGAAAAUCUACAGAAAUAUUCCACAUAGAUUCAUAACUUCAGCCAAAACACAAACUGCCAGCUACUACUGUCAUUGUUUUUCCUUCUUACAUCAUAAUACGUGUCAUUACCUAGAGGUUUAAAGAGGUUAUUUUUGCCUCCAGUCUCUUCCUUUUUUUUUGUCUUAAAAAGGCAAACAGGUAACACUCAUGACUAUAGUUUAUAUGGUACAUUAAAAAUUACUUUAAACCCUCAGAAUUUUUCAGAGCAUAAUGAAUGUGUUUGUGAGGUGUGCCAGGAUCUGGAAACGUAUCCUGUAACAUUGGAGUUGACUUGAAAAUAGUGAUUUACUAACUUCUGAAAAUUAUCCCACCUGGAGUAGAGUGAGUUGAGCCUUUAAGGUCUGUGUCAUCUGAGUUCCUUGGAGUUUGUUGAGAAUCUUGGCUGUAGUUCUGUUCAGCAGCCUUUCAAUGAUUCGUCUACUGUGCUAAAGAAAAGAUUAAAAUCUAUGACAGCAUUUGACUGACUUGGUGACUGAAGUGGCACAUAUGGGAAAUUGGUCACCAAAUCUGAAUAUUUAUCUUGAUAUUUAACUUCGGUGGAUCUGCCCUGGUUAUCUUGAACAUUGCAAGGCAUAAAAACAUCUCUUGAUGCAAACAUCUGCAAAGCUUUCUUAGAUUGUAAGCUCUCUAGAGUAAGGACAGCUCUGAUCUGUGUUUCCAGAGCAUCUGGCCUCAUGGAGAUUCUCUUUAGUGGGUGUCUGGGUGCCAUUGUAAUACAAAUAAUAAAUAAGGGACAAAUUACUUACUUUUGCCAAGACAAUGAUAAAAAUGCUUUAGUAUAGUCUUUAAGUUAGACAAUGCUCUGGCCAGUUUAAAUUACUUGCUAAUGAAGCCUGUGAUGUGAUCAGGUUCUUUUUGGGUUAGCAUUAGAUUCUGAUA